CAUCCAUCAAAACAGAACGAAAUCCUUUCCACCAAGGCUAGAGACGGUAAAGCAACACAACAACCCAUGUCUACUCGAUCCAGUAUCUCCAAACCAGUUUCCUCCCUUCGUCCCAGAGCUGCUGGUAUGGGGUAUCAUGGUAAUCCAGUCGCAGUGCUUGACAUGAAGUCAGACCAAGUCCGACCGCUUGAUAAAGCUGACUUUGAAGGUAAAGACUAUUUCGCGGUUGAGAUUCCCCGAGUAAAGAACAACGUUCCAAUCUACAUCUCGCGAUCGAACGAUGCGAAGCAGGAGUUCAUUGCGGAGGUCAACCUCUGGAGCAUGGGGGUCCGGUACAACCUGCAUAGACUUCUAGGGGACGGACCUCAGCUCUACGUGGUCAAUGCAUAAGGAUGACCAGAGUGAGACAGUGGCUUAGUAUGAUGAUUGUAAGGAGGAUGUGUUCAUUUCCAAUAUUAUUUGCAGAUUUCACAGGGGGCUGGGUGCGCCACUUUGGGACCUUUUCGGACAUUACAUGUUUUUUUUAGACAUUUUUCGGGGAGACGGACCCCUCGUAUGUAGUA